GUACGUAUAAAGGCCACACUUGUACUACGUGACAGGGUUUUAAUUUCGUUCCUCAAUGGAUAACACCCUCAUACAGCGCCCUACUCUCGAGAAUGUACGGAUCCGGACUCCCCGUGAUGCUCUAGUGGUAUUCCAUGGGGUAGCACUGAAUAUCCUCCCCCUCAUCACGCGUCGGCUCAACAUCGAGGAAUGGAGGGCGGUUGUGGCCGGCAACGUGUAUGUCUGGGAGGAGCGUGGCGUCAAUACGGAGACGGUUGGGCUAGGCCUGGAACGAUGGACGGAUGGGAUGGCAUGGGGACCAAGUCGCAUUCGUGAUGAAUUCUUGUUCUAUCACCAGAAGAAUCCGGAUGACGAUUGCGUGCCCAUUACUCAGUCUCCGCCAUGGGCACGAUUAACGAGAAGAAAUGAAGAGUCAUCCCAUUUUCCAGGAUAUUCUGUAUCAUCAACAUUCCGAACCUUGCCUGAAACCAGAAAUCUCAUCAAGCAAACGUACAGCGUUCACGUCACCCUCCCCAUAGAUCGAUCCAAAGGCAUUACACGGAAGUGGCACCUCACCGCCUAUUUCAGUCAAGAGACACUCGAAUCUCUCCAUACUGUGGAGUCUAUCCAAGGAAUUGGAGGUGCGCUACCGCCUGAAGGAUGGUUUCGAAGUGCAAGGACAACGAAAACAUCCCGUCGCGACAAUCAGAGUCCCAAAGCCUUGGCUUAUCCUCCCCAGCGGCCCACACGUCACGGUGAAGGGGAUGAAGAUGAUUGACUGGGCUCCCGAAGGUCUGAAUGAGGAGAACUAUGCCAACUAUGAGCCCCGUGAAGACGAUUCCCGUGAAUGUGCCCCUCCAAGUAGUUAUGAAGAUUGUAGACGAGGCCAACGGCUGAGAGCUCGAAUCAGGAGCGCCCUGACAUGUCGUAGUAUGAGAGAUCGCUGGUCUACGCUGUCGACCACGACAGUCCUUGGUCGUCAGCGAUCAGAGCAUAAAGAAGAGGAAGAAGGGACAGCAAUACUUUCUUGCUUCAUGAUAAAGUUCCAUUAAUGUAAAAUUUCGAUUCCCAUUGUAAUUCACCGCAAUAUCGUAGCUCGUCG